CUUGGGUAAAGAUAAUAAAUAAAGAGAUGUUGGCUCAGCAUUGGAUCAUUCACACACGUUUUGCACUUUUCCCUCUCUCUCUCUCUCUGUGUUUCUCUCUCUACAAAUUUCUUUUCUUUUCUUUCUCUUUCAGACUCUGCAACUGCUUUUCUAUUCCUAAAGGCAAAGAACACCAACAACGCCAACAACACUAAAAGGUAGCCACCCUAGGCCAGUUCCUCCAUAAACCCAGGCUAUCAUAUUCACUCCAAAAUCCACACGCUUUUUUUCCCCUCCUUUUCUAUGGUGUUUCCUCUUCCUUAAUCCUUCUUUUUAAACGAAGAAAACUGGGUAAUCAUCAUAGACACGAAUUGAAACCGCAAAUAAUAUACACUUGCUUUUGAUGGCGGUGAUCAUCGUGAUACCCAGAAUUGAAAACGCUGGUUAUUGAAAGCUUUAAUCAAUAUUUAUAUUUUUUUGUAUUUUUGUUUUCAUAGUUGUAGUUCGAAGUCAUGGGAACUUUUUUUUUUUUUUGUUCUUGUUUCGAGCUAAUAAUUUUAAUUGAAAAAGUUUAUUUAAUUCAUGUUUUUUCUGAGUCACUUUUAAGUGUUGCGUGGAGCUUGUUUUGAGAGCUGAAAUAAAGCGAACGGAAUUUUUUAAAUUAUUUUAUUUUAUUUUUUGUUAUUUUAGACACCCUCUUUUUUGUAGUCAAAUCACGGGCCGUGUAAUUUUUACAACACUUAUUUACUUAUUUAUUUUUAUUGAAGAUUUUAAUCUCAUAACUGAGUUUCUUAGUUGAUUCUUACGAUGAAUUAGUACAUGUGCCUUAGAGUUUGCUUAAUGUUAUAUGUUGAUCAUCAUCUAAUCAUGUAUUUGUUUGAUUUUUUAUGUUUUGAAUUGUUCCUUGAGAGAACUUUUAAUGAUAAUAAUGGGUGUAAAUGUGGCCAUGGUUGGAUUAUAUAAUCAAGCCGUGUUUUACUUAUUGGCAACGUUUGUUGUGUGAACCAAUUGGAAUAGAACAGUUUGUUGACUUUGUUCUAUUCUUAUUUCUACCCUUUUAGGAGAAGCAAAAUGUACUGUGAUUUUAAUCUUAUGUCAUGUUUUGCUAUCAGUUUAAAGUCCAGCAACAUUAGAACAAAACUCCCAUUUUGUGUUCUGUUUCAUGCUGACAUGAUGAUCUAACACUACCAUUUUGAGAUCGAAUUGUGCUUCUUUGUUUAGAAGAGUUAAUGAAGGAGCUCUUUUGAUAGACUUCAGUAACCUGUUGUUCUAUUUAUAUUAUAUAUAGAUAUAGAUUAAAGUCUUGGUUGUUUAUCCCCGGAGAUGAGAAAAACUGAAGAUAUGUAAGCAGGGCCAUGGUUGUAGCUACCAGGAAGCAAUUGGAGUAAAUCUUCUGGUAUUCACACUAGGCAUGAUUUUGUAGAUUUAUGCUUGAAAGAUUAGAGAAGUAAAUUUGGGUUCAUACCAGAAAGGAUUGACUGUUUAAUGAAUACUUGUUACUGAUUUUUUGAAAACUUUGAUAGUCUAAGUUUAGUAUGUUUUAUUUAUUAUAUGGAAUUGUGGAUUAAGGAUUAUUUAUUCUCUGGUACUUACAUUUCUCCUUUUCCUAUAACAGUGAAAACUUUGGAACUUGACUGUUUUCUAACUUUGUUAUAAUAAUUAUUUAUUGAAAGUGCUUUGAUAUAGCUCAAAUUCCCUAACAAUUUGUCUGAUCAAGGAUGCAAAAUCUUAUAUAAUUGACUCAGUUUGCCAAAGCAAUAUGCUUUAUGAAUGAACCCCCCCCCCCCUCUCUCUCUCUCUAGGGUGAAGAAAUUUAGUUAUCACGCAUGGCUAGUUUGGAAUGAUUUCAAGAUAUGCCAUUUAAUUUAUGAAGUUUAUUCGAAAGUAUAACAGUGGAAAAGUUCCUACUUCCUUCAUUAUAUCCAAACUUCAAAUUUAUGCACUCCCAAUGGAGCAGCUAGUCUGGCCAGUCUUUUAACUUGCAAUUUGAUUUAUGCAUAUAAAUCAUUAUUAUGAUUCUAUGAAGCAUUUAUAAAUAUUUUCUUAAACAAACUAUCUUUUUCGUAAAGAUCAUAUGUUAUUUAGGCUUGCCAAUUAUUUCUAUUCCCAUCCUCACUAUUUUCUUUAUUAUGAUGGCCCUGUGUGAUUUAUGAUUAUCUGAUUACUACUACAUUAUAUGAAUGUGUUGCAGAUUUGAAGGUAAAAACUAUUGAUGGAUGGAUAUUCCGGUAAAAGAGGCAUAGAUGGGGUGGUAGUUCCAAGAAAGGGGAUGGGCCAUGUGCUUAGAGAUACUGCUAAUAGUAGAGAUCAAAAGGGUCAAAUUUGCAGCCGAUUGGGUUGCAGUGGUAGUGCCAAUCUUCCUAAAGUUGCUCAAGUCAAAUCUUCUGACAAAGGUAAAUCUAUGAGGUCCUAUUCCGGUAGCAAGGAAGCAAUUGGAAGUUCCUCCAGAACUACUAGUAAGUCAGGAAAACUGCUUAUAGAGUCUCGGAAAACAUUAUCUUCUCAGUUUGAGAUAGAUUCAUCUGAAACUAGUAGCGUGCAAGAUGAACCAGAAAUUUCAGAGCUGAUACCUCUGCCAGAAGAAAGUCAGAGAAGGCUUCAAGAUGAAGGGGAAAGUACAGAGUCUAGUGAAGUGAUAUCUGUGGAAGUAGGAAGCUCUAAUGCAGUAUCAAAUACAAGAUCUCAAAGGAGUUUUAAUCGAAGACCUGGAUUGCGUGAGCAAGAAAAUAAAAGCAGUGUUCCAGUGAGACGUUCUGGUACCUGUAGGUAUGAGUUGAGGAGCUUCAGAUGCAACUCUAUAUCUGAUGUCAUCCCAGCUGGUAGUUCAUCAUCAGAUUCAACCCUUAAUAGAAAGAAGGAUUCAAUGAAAAAGAGAAACUGUGAAGGGGAAAGUAGUUCCACUGUUAAGGGCAAGAAAAUUAUUGGAUCUUCUCAGAUAGGACGGAAUUCUGGCUCCCGGAUUGGGCUAUCUAUCUCUGAUUCAAGAAGAUCUAGAAAUUUGCCUUCUCACAGUGACAUCAGCACAGCAUCAGUUAGAACUCAAAAAUCAAAUAGUGGUCAUGCAAGGGGAAGGUUUACUAGCCAAGGAAAUGGAAAUCCUGUGGCAACCUGUGAAUCCUCUGUUAUCGUACCCCUUUCACCUCAUUCUGAUGAUCUUGAUGCUUCUGGCAUUUCAUAUCAUUCUUCUUCAGAGACUCCUUUCAGUUGUUCAAGCUCUUAUGGUAGACCAGGCACUAGCAGUGAGCAGUUAUGUGAUGCUAUGCCUGUGUCUCCUGCAGAAUAUGACAUCACUCAUUCUCUAAUAAACUGGGAUGGCUUUCAACACUACAAUAUGGAUGGUAUGGCCGAGCAAAUUAUUUUAUUGGAAAACAGUUUGCUCCUUAAUGGACUAAACUUUUAUGAUCACCACAGAGACAUGCGGAUGGAUAUUGAUAACAUGUCCUAUGAGGAACUUUUAGCUCUAGAAGAAAGGAUGGGUACUGUGAGCACAGCUCUAACAGAGGAAGCACUUUCAGAAUGUCUGAAAACAAGUACAUAUCAGUCUGCACCUUCAGAUGAUGUGGCCGAGAAUUGUGAGGAGGAUAAGGAUGAUAUCAAAUGCUGCAUCUGCCAGGAGGAAUAUGUCAUUGGAGAUGAAGUUGGAAGUCUGCAAUGUAAGCAUAGAUUCCACGUGAUUUGCAUUCAGGAGUGGCUGCGGCUGAAGAAUUGGUGCCCUAUUUGUAAAGUAUCAGCAGCACUGUCCAAUUCUUCAUCUUUGCCUCAUUGAUUGUGUUGUCCCUUUCACAUUUGAUUUGAUAUAAAAUGCAGAUAUUCCUCACUUCUGA